AGGGGAAAGAGACAUGCAAGCUGCGAUAGCCAAGCACAAGGAAACAAAAGGAUGGGCAUGGAUGUUUGUGUUUGUUUGGUCACACGCGCGUGCACGUAAAAAAGAAAAAGCAAGCAUGAGGAUUUGCUCAUCAUCCUUUAGAAUAUAGUUGAGAUUGAAGAAUUAUGUUAACGUAAAUCUGAAACGAGACCAAGUGUAAAGCUAAUUGAAUGAAGUGAAGUGAAGUGAAGUGAAGAGGGAUGGCAACCCAACUAACCAACUAAGUAACAAGCGGUCGGUUCGGUUAGACGACUUUUAGACUGUUUGUUGGGUUGGGUCCAACUCCAAGGCGAAGAAGGAAUUGAAAGGGUGAGGGAGGCGGCAGCAUCGCAUCGCAGGCCGGCCAUGGAUCCCAACCCUAGCCCUCCCACCGACUCCCCGCCGGAGCCGGAGAAGAGGCUCUCUCCCCUCUCCCUCCGCACCGCCGACCUCCCCCCUGACUUCGCCACCGGCGAGAUCCACGAGGAGGACGACGACGGCUACCUCACCGCCGCCUCCAGGGGCGGCAGCAUCAGCAGCGCGGCCGCCGCCUGGAGGGACGCCGACGUCGGCCCUCCCAGCCCCAGCAGCAGCGGCUACGCCGGGGAGAGGGGCAGCAGCCUCGCCUCCAGCACCGGCGCCAACGACGAUCCCGAACCCCAACCCGACGAUUGGCCGCGCGACAAGAAGCAUCUCGACGAGGAUGACGCAUCUGCUUCAUGGCGGAAACGGAAAAAACACUUCUUCAUUUUGAGCAAUUCUGGCAAGCCAAUAUAUUCUAGGUAUGGAGAUGAGCAUAAGCUUGCUGGCUUUUCUGCCACAUUGCAAGCAAUUAUCUCUUUCGUUGAGAACAGUGGUGACCAUAUCAAAUUUGUAAGGGCUGGCAAACAUCAGAUAGUUUUCCUUGUCAAGGGUCCAAUAUACCUAGUCUGUAUAAGUUGCACUGAAGAGUCAUAUGAAGGAUUGAGGGGACAACUUGAGCUCAUGUAUGGUCAGACCCUGCUGAUUUUGACCAAGUCAGUCAACAGAUGCUUUGAGAAGAACCCUAAAUUUGAUAUGGCACCGUUGCUAGGUGGCACAGAUGCAGUUUUCCUAUCACUUAUACAUGCAUUCAGCUGGAAUCCUGCCACAUUUCUUCAUGCAUACACAUGCCUUCCCCUUGCUCAAUCAACAAGGCAGGCAGCUAGUGCAGUUUUACAAGACAUUGCUGAUUCAGGAGUUUUGUUUGCACUGUUGAUGUGUGAGCACAAGGUUAUUAGUCUUGUGGGAGCACAAAAGGCAACUUUGCAUCCUGAUGAUAUUUUUCUGCUUGCAAAUUUCAUACUAUCCUCUGAAUCUUUUAGGACUUCAGAGUCUUUCUCACCAAUAUGCCUGCCGAGAUACAAUUCUAUGGCUUUCUUAUAUGCUUAUGUUCACUUUUUUGAUGAAAAUACAUACUUGACUCUGCUUACUGCAAGAUCAGAUGCCUUUUAUGAUCUAAAAGAUUCCAGGUCCCGCAUUCAGAAUGUUCUCUUGAAGGCAAAUGUCCUUGUUGAAGUUCAAAGGUCCCUGCGUGAGAGUGCACUGCGCAUUGAAGAUCUCCCUGCUGAUCCGUCUUCUCAAUCUGUAUCACCACCUCCACAGUUCUCUCAAGAUGUCCACUCUCAGUUAUUAUCUUCUGAAAUGGCAAUUGGUGGACCAGCUGGACUUUGGCACUUUCUUUAUAAAAGCAUCUACCUUGAUCAAUAUGUAUCAUCUGAGUUCCCCUUAAUCAUAAGCAACCCAAAGCAACAGAAGAGAUUGUACAAAGCUUACCAAAAAUUGUAUGCUUCCAUGCAUGAUAAAGCAACUGGCCCACAUAAAACCCAAUUCAGAAGAGAUGAUGAUUAUGUUUUGUUUUGCUGGAUAACUCAGGACUUUGAACUGUACGCAGCCUUUAAUCCACUGGCUGACAAGAGUCAAGCAAUCAAGGUAUGCAAUAGGGUAUGCCAAUGGAUCAGGGACUUGGAAAACGAAAUUUUCGUAUAUGGAGAAAGCACCCUUUCCUGGUGAUAUUUUGUCUUGCAGUACCAUCAAUGUUGGGGAGAUAUGAGAGAUUAGGUUUGUAUAACAUUUUCACACAAAAAAAAGAACAAUCUUAUCUGUGAUUCGGGGGCAUUUCAAGUCAAGUUCAGUUGGCUCGUAUGUAUGCUUGUUAUGCCUUCUAAAUCCAUCGGUAGUAGUUUCCACCAGGACCAUAUCCCAUAUUGUGAUUAUGUAUAUGAACUUAGGGCACUUUUAAUAUGGGUGGAUUUCUCUCGGGGCCAAAUGCUGGGAUCCUUCAGAUUAUUUCAGAAAACAAAAUGCUACAAGUGAAAUAUUUGUGUUGUAAAUGAACCCUUUAGUCAUUUUCUCAUGUAUGGAUCAAACCAAAAUUUCAAAGCACGCCAUGUUACUUUACAAGGGUGAGAUAAAAUGUGGCUAAUGGGCCA